UGCGAGAGGAAGCCGGGCGCGGCCGAGAAGGAAGCGGAAACCCCCAGCAGCGAGUCGCCCGCAGCCGCCCGCCGGCCUGGGGCGGGGCCGCCCCGUGCGCCAUCGCGCCGCGACCGCGGAGAGGGCCCGGCCGCCGCCAUGGUGCAGCUCGGUAGCCGCCUCUUGAAGGGCUGUCGGGGCGGGCACGUCGUGAUCCGCUUCGCCCUCGGCGGCUGCACCAACCGGCCCUUCUUCCGCAUCGUGGCGGCGCACAGCAGGCGCGCCCGGGACGGGAAGUACCUGGAGCAGCUCGGCUGCCUCGACCCGCUGCCCAACGCCCGCGGCGAGAAGGUGGCGGGGCUCAACCUGGAGCGGCUGCGCCACUGGCUGGGCUGCGGCGCGCAGCUCUCCCGGCCCGCCGAGAAGCUCCUGGGUCUGGCGGGGUUCCUGCCGCUCCACCCCAUGACGGUGACGGGCGCCGAGAGGUUACGACGGCGGCGGCGAGCGCAGGAGGCCGCCGUGCCCCCCGUGGCGGGCGGCUUGCGCCAGCCCGGCGAGACGCCCUGAGGGGCGCCCCGAGCCCAGGUGUGCCGAGCGUCCCAGGACAGCGGGGGUCAGGCCCGGGGCACAGCGCAUGCACUCUCCCCCACGCACACACCUUGGCGCAUCAGACUGCAUUAAAGUGUCAUCCGUGCA